AUGGAUGCUUGGCCCCCAAUCGGCAGUCGUCCAAUUCCGACUAACGGUGUAUCAGGGAAUCCAGCAAAUACUCAGACAAAUGGGAAUGCAACAGCUCCGGCAGGCACUUCCUCUACUCCGGCGAUGAGUUCGGCCAACACAGGGAACCCUGCAUUAGAACUAGUUUCAUUCCCCAUGGAUGGUUCAAAUUACCAUCCAUGGGCUAGAGCCAUGACUAUGGCGCUAUCUUGCAAGAACAAGAUAAGAGCUAUCAUGAAGCCUUCCACAGAUGAUGUAGAGAAAUAUCUGGCUUGGGAAAGGUGUAACAACAUGGUGGUUUCCUGGUUAGUGCGCACAUUGUCCCCAACAAUUGGGAGAAGUGUCCUUUGGAUUGACACUGCCUCUGGGAUUUGGGAUGAUUUAAAGAGGAGAUUCAAUAAGCAAGAUUUAUUCAGGAUAGCAGAAAUCAAGUGUCAAAUCUACAGAACUAAACAAGAAGACAAUUCCUUAAAUGAAUACUUCACUAGGCAGAAAUUCUUAUGGGAUGAAUUGAGUAUUCUCAGACCUCAGAUGAACUGCGCUUGUAGUAUUAGAUGUCAGUGUGGCAAGAAGAUUGAUGAGAUGAAUGAGCAAUCUGAGAAAGACAAAUUGUCCAUCUUCUUGAUAGGGCUACAUGAAAGGUACACAGGAGCAAGAAAUCAAAUAAUGCUCAUGAGGCCUUUACCAGAUGUGAAUGAGGCAUACUCCAUGAUUGCACAGCAUGAAAGGCAAUUUGAGAUGGCUGUUGGCUUUGAGAGUCAAUUACAUCAGACAGGAGAAAAUAACACUGCGGGAAAUGUGUUUAUGGCCAGAACAGAUGGUAACUUUCAACAAGGGUACAAGAAGCCUUAUUCAAAUGGGAAGAGACCUAUAUGUACAUAUUGUGGAUACACAGGUCACACACAAGACAAGUGUUACAAAAAACAUGGUUAUCCUCCUGGUUGGAAACCAAAAUCAAGAAGUCAAGGUGCAGUGAAUCAGACUUAA